GUUUUACAAAUCUGUUGAAACAUAUGAGUGUUAAUGGUUCUACUACAUAUUUUUGGCAGUAAUAGAUGCACAUACACUUGCUCAGAUUUUUACUCGAGUGAAAGUUGGAAUACUCCGAACUUUUUUGGGUAAGAUACAACUCGGCCCAGUAUGCUGAAUCAUAGUUGGUAAGCCACCACUUAACGUAGGCAUUAAAAUGAAUAAUUGGUAAGU